GGCUGGCACCAUGGCCAUGAGGGUGCAGUCCCCGGGCGGCGCCGUGGCGGCGACCGCCUACCCUGACACCCCUGCCGAAUUUCCCCCGCACCUCCAGGCGGGCGCGAUGCGGCGCCGUUUCUGGGGCGCGUUCAACUGUCUGUGCGCCGGCGCGUUCGGGGCCCUGGCCGCCGCCUCCGCCAAGCUGGCCUUCGGCAGCGAGGUGAACAUGGGCUUGUGCGUCUUAGGCAUUAUUGUGAUGGCGACCACCAAUUCCCUGAUGUGGACCUUUUUCAGCCGGGGCCUCAGUUUCUCCAUGUCUUCAGCCAUUGCAUCUGUCACAGUGACUUUUUCAAACAUCCUCAGCUCGGCCUUCCUGGGCUAUGUGCUGUAUGGAGAGUGCCAGGAGGUGUUGUGGUGGGGAGGAGUGUUCCUCAUCCUCUGCGGACUCACCCUGGUACACAGGAAACUCCCACCUACCUGGAAGGCCCUUCCACACAAGCAGCAGUAACACCAAUUGGCUGGACAGACUAGCUUGAAAGAUAACGAUGGCAGCCCUGCCUCAGGUUGGUGUGUGGGACUGCUUCCCAGGGCAACCUGGGUGUGCAGCCUUCCGACCCUCAGGCGAGAGAAGAUGCUGCCCAGCCAGGCCUUUGGGCUAGCCCCGCUCCCAAAGGAGGCAGGCUUCUGACAGAGCAGCCUUGAGGGUGGACAGCUCUGGCUUCUGUAAGGGGAGUCCAGCUGCAGCAGUAUUCUGCCUGAAGCAUUCUUGGUGAUCUGUACAGCGCUUUUCAUUCUCAUGCCCCCAGGCCCACCCCAGUGAGCCUUGGCAGAUGCUGGAGAUCCUGGGGUUGGUCUACUUUGUGUAUGGUACUUGAAAUCACGCUGUAAUUAUAGUCCUAUUGCCUAACAAAGGCUAGUUACGUAAUUCUAGAUCAGUGACUGGUGGGGCUUUCUGAUAAUUCCUAUGCCAAUAUACCAGGCCACCUGUCAUGCUUAUGUAUUAUGGCAAGAAAAGGAAAACUGGGUUAAUAAAUACUGUUUUGUAAGUUAAAA